AUGGAUAUGAAUGACAUGGUUCGUACAGUUAUCGCAAUAUUCCUCAAAGGGCUCACUCCUUUCACUUAUUCUACACACAAAUACGUCAUUCUGGACAGGAAGAUAAAGACUCCCCAGGGCACAUCUUAUACAAAAUCUGCAGAACGAAUUAGUGAAUGGAGUCCUGAUAAACAUCUCGGAAAACUGGUGGAUGCUGUAUCAGCCAAGAAUCCUUUCAAUUCCUACAUUAUAAGCAGACGGAAUCAAUGGAAAGGUGCUAACUGUUCAUUCCACGGUCUAUGGAAUUAUAGAAAUUCUGAAUCGAACGUUGAUUCAGACAGGAAUCAUUAUGAGGAAUCGACUGAUACCUGA